AGUUUUUCUCAGUUUUCCGCAAUCCGUCAGGAAACACAAGUCAACGAGAUGCUCUCGCCGAACAGGGUGCUCCUCGUAACUGCGAUACUUGCUUCGAGUAUCUGGUCAGGAUCCGCAACUACAUGUGCGGAAAGUCAGUACUUUGAUAAAAGUACAGGCGAAUGCGUUGAUAUACCUGGAGGGGGAAUCUAUGUUUCGGAAACGUUGGAAACUUGCGACGAUGGUACUUUGUAUCCGCAUCCAGUAACACCCGCUCAGUAUUACUACUGCUACGCGCAGGUGAAAAUUUUGACGGAGUGUACGGAGGAGAAGUACUUCAACCGGCUGAGGAAAAUAUGUACGACUGAAAUUCAGGUACAGGUCAAGUCCACCAUUAGAAUCAAAAAUGGAAUUGGCGAUGAUAUCGACUUAGAUUCGUGCAAUGCGACUGGUCGGUUUCCUAUUCAGGAGGACUGUAAGUUGUUCUACAUGUGUAGUACAAACGGAACGGCCUAUUUUCAGCAAGUAAUGCAAUGUCCGUCCGGUACGACUUAUAAUGGGCGUAGACAAAUUUGCUCGGUGACUAGACCGUGCAAUGAUAACAGUACCGUGUGUGAGGAAGACGGUGUGAAUUCAACAACGACGGUGGAUUACACAACGGUGAAAUUGACUACGAGCGAAAGCAUGACUACGACUGAGAGUUCAUCCACGGUUGAAAGUGCAUCUACUGAGGUAGCAACCACUUCCAACCGAUCGACGACUGCUGAAAAUACGUCAGAAGAUAUAAGUUCAACCACGACAGAAAGUUCCACGACGACCGAGAGUUCCACUACCGAAGCAUCUACCACUGAGAAAUCGACGGCGACUGAAAGCUCCAAUGCUACCGUUAGUUCGUCGGAGACCGAGAGUUCCAGCACCGAAGCAUCUACCACCGAGAAAUCGACGACGACCGAGAGUUCCACUACCGAAGCAUCUACCACUGAGAAAUCGACGACAACUGGAAGCUCCAAUGCUACCAAAAGUGCGUCGACGACCGAGAGUUCCACCACCGAAGCAUCUACCACCAAGAAAUUGACGACGACUGGAAGCUCCAAUGCUACCGUAAGUUCGUGGACGACUAAGAGUUCCGGCACCGAAGAAUCGACGACGAGCGGAAGUUCGGCUUCGACCGGAAGUUCGUCGACGACCGAGAGUUCCAGCACCGAAGCAUCUACCACUCAGGAGUCAGUGACGACUGGAAGCUCCAAUGCUACCGGAAGUUCGUCGACGACCGAGAGUUCCACUACCGAAGCAUCUACCACUCAGGAGUCGAUGACGACUGGAAGCUCCAAUGCUACCGUAAGUUCGUCAACGACCAAGAGUUCCGGCACCGAAGAAUCGACGACGAGCGGAAGUUCGGCUUCGACCGGUAGUUCGUCAACGACCGAGAGUUCCAGCACCGAAGCAUCUACCACUCAGGAGUCGAUGACGACUGGAAGCUCCAAUGCUACCGUAAGUUCGUCAACGACCGAGAGUUCCAGCACCGAAGCAUCUACCACUCAGGAGUCGAUGACGACUGGAAGCUCCAAUGCUACCGUAAGUGCGUCGACAACCGAGAGUUCCACCACCGAAGCAUCUACCACUGAGAAAUCGACGACGACUGGAACAUCUACCACCGAGGAAUUGACGACGACUAGAAGCUCCAAUGCUACCGUAAGUUCGUGGACGACCGAGAGUGCCACAACCGAAGCAUCUACCACUGAGGAAUCGACGACGACUGGAAGCUCCAAUGCUACCGUAAGUGCGUCGACGACCGAGAGUUCCACCACCGAAGCAUCUACCACUGAGGAAUCGACGACGACUGGAAGCUCCAAUGCUACCGUAAGUGCGUCGACGACCGAGAGUUCCACCACCGAAGCAUCUACCACUGAGGAAUCGACGACGACUGGAAGCUCCAAUGCUACCGUAAGUACGUCGACGACCGAGAGUUCCACCACCGAAGCAUCUAUCACCGAGGAAUCGACGACGACUGGAAAAUCGACAACGAGCGGAAGUUCGGCUUCGACCGGAAGUUCGUCGACGACCGAGCGUUCCAUGACCGAAGCAUCUACCACUCAGGAGUCAAUGACGACUGGAAGCUCCAAUGCUACCGUAAGUGCGUCGACGACCGAGAGUUCCACUACCGAAGCAUCUACCACUCAGGAGUCAAUGACGACUGGAAGCUCUAAUGCUACCGUAAGUUCGUUGACGACCGAGAGUUCCAGCACCGAAGCAUCUACCACUGAGAAAUCGACGACAACUGGAAGCUCCAAUGCUACCAAAAGUGCGUCGACGACCGAGAGUUCCACCACCGAAGCAUCUACCACCAAGGAAUUGACGACGACUGUAAGCUCCAAUGCUACCGUAAGUUCGUGGACGACUAAGAGUUCCGGCACCGAAGAAUCGACGACGAGCGGAAGUUCGGCUUCGACCGGAAGUUCGUCGACGACCGAGAGUUCCAGCACCGAAGCAUCUACCACUGAGGAAUCGACAGCGACUGGAAGCUCCAAUGCUACCGGAAGUUCGUCAACGACCGAGAGUUCCACUACCGAAGCAUCUACCACUCAGGAGUCGAUGACGACUGGAAGCUCCAAUGCUACCGUAAGUUCGUCAACGACCAAGAGUUCCGGCACCAAAGAAUCGACGACGAGCGGAAGUUCGGCUUCGACCGGAAGUUCGUCAACGACCGAGAGUUCCAGCACCGAAGCAUCUACCACUGAGGAAUCGACGACGACUGGAAGCUCCAAUGCUACCGUAAGUGCGUCAACGACCGACAGUUCCACUACCGAAGCAUCUACCACUCAGGAGUCGAUGACGACUGGAAGCUCCAAUGCUACCGUAAGUGCGUCGACGACCGAGCGUUCCACUACCGAAGCAUCUACCACUCAGGAGUCGAUGACGACUGGAAGCUCCAAUGCUACCGUAAGUUCGUCAACGACCAAGAGUUCCGGCACCGAAGAAUCGACGACGAGCGGAAGUUCGGCUUCGACCGGAGGUUCGUCGACGACCGAGAGUGCUACUACCGAAGCGUCUACCACUGAGAAAUCGACGACAACUGGAAGCUCCAAUGCUACCGAGUCGAUGACGACUGGAAGCUCCAAUGCUACCGUAAGUUCGUCAACGACCAAGAGUUCCGGCACCGAAGAAUCGACGACGAGCGGAAGUUCGGCUUCGACCGGAAGUUCGUCAACGACCGAGGGUUCCAGCACCGAAGCAUCUACCACUCAGGAGUCAGUGACGACUGGAAGCUCCAAUGCUACCGUAAGUUCGUCAACGACCGAGAGUUCCAGCACCGAAGAAUCGACGACGAGCGGAAGUUCGGCUUCGACCGGAAGUUCGUCAACCACCCAGAGUUCCACUACCGAAGCAUCUACUACUGAGGAAUCGACGACGACUGGAAGCUCCAAUGCUACUGUAAGUUCGUCGACGACCGAGAGUUCCAGCACCGAAGCAUCUACCACUGAGGAAUCGACGACGACUGGAAGCUCCAAUGCUACCGUAAGUGCGUCGACGACCGAGCGUUCCACUACCGAAGCAUCUACCACUCAGGAGUCGAUGACGACUGGAAGCUCCAAUGCUACCGUAAGUUCGUCAACGACCAAGAGUUUCGGCACCGAAGAAUCGACGACAAGCGGAACAUCUACCACUCAGGAGUCGAUGACGACUGGAAGCUCCAAUGCUACCGUAAGUUCGUCAACGACCAAGAGUUCCGGCACCGAAGAAUCGACGACGAGCGGAAGUUCGGCUUCGACCGGAGGUUCGUCGACGACCGAGAGUGCUACUACCGAAGCGUCUACCACUGAGAAAUCGACGACAACUGGAAGCUCCAAUGCUACCGUAAGUGCGUCAACGACCGAGAGUUCCACUACCGAAGCAUCUACCACUCAGGAGUCGAUGACGACUGGAAGCUCCAAUGCUACCGUAAGUUCGUCAACGACCAAGAGUUCCGGCACCGAAGAAUCGACGACGAGCGGAAGUUCGGCUUCGACCGGAAGUUCGUCAACGACCGAGGGUUCCAGCACCGAAGCAUCUACCACUCAGGAGUCAAGUUCCACUACCGAAGCAUCUACCACUCAGGAGUCGAUGACGACUGGAAGCUCCAAUGCUACCGUAAGUUCGUCAACGACCAAGAGUUCCGGCACCGAAGAAUCGACGACGAGCGGAAGUUCGGCUUCGACCGGAGGUUCGUCGACGACCGAGAGUGCUACUACCGAAGCGUCUACCACUGAGAAAUCGACGACAACUGGAAGCUCCAAUGCUACCGUAAGUGCGUCAACGACCGAGAGUUCCACUACCGAAGCAUCUACCACUCAGGAGUCGAUGACGACUGGAAGCUCCAAUGCUACCGUAAGUUCGUCAACGACCAAGAGUUCCGGCACCGAAGAAUCGACGACGAGCGGAAGUUCGGCUUCGACCGGAGGUUCGUCGACGACCGAGAGUGCUACUACCGAAGCGUCUACCACUGAGAAAUCGACGACAACUGGAAGCUCCAAUGCUACCGUAAGUGCGUCAACGACCGAGAGUUCCACUACCGAAGCAUCUACCACUCAGGAGUCGAUGACGACUGGAAGCUCCAAUGCUACCGUAAGUUCGUCAACGACCAAGAGUUCCGGCACCGAAGAAUCGACGACGAGCGGAAGUUCGGCUUCGACCGGAAGUUCGUCAACGACCGAGGGUUCCAGCACCGAAGCAUCUACCACUCAGGAGUCAGUGACGACUGGAAGCUCCAAUGCUACCGUAAGUUCGUCAACGACCGAGAGUUCCACUACCGAAGCAUCUACCACUCAGGAGUCGAUGACGACUGGAAGCUCCAAUGCUACCGUAAGUUCGUCAACGACCAAGAGUUCCGGCACCGAAGAAUCGACGACGAGCGGAAGUUCGGCUUCGACCGGAGGUUCGUCGACGACCGAGAGUGCUACUACCGAAGCGUCUACCACUGAGAAAUCGACGACAACUGGAAGCUCCAAUGCUACCGUAAGUGCGUCAACGACCGAGAGUUCCACUACCGAAGCAUCUACCACUCAGGAGUCGAUGACGACUGGAAGCUCCAAUGCUACCGUAAGUUCGUCAACGACCAAGAGUUCCGGCACCGAAGAAUCGACGACGAGCGGAAGUUCGGCUUCGACCGGAGGUUCGUCGACGACCGAGAGUGCUACUACCGAAGCGUCUACCACUGAGAAAUCGACGACAACUGGAAGCUCCAAUGCUACCGUAAGUGCGUCAACGACCGAGAGUUUCACUACCGAAGCAUCUACCACUCAGGACUCCAAUGCUACCGUAAGUUCGUCAACGACCAAGAGUUCCGGCACCGAAGAAUCGACGACGAGCGGAAGUUCGGCUUCGACCGGAAGUUCGUCAACGACCGAGAGUUCCAGCACCGAAGCAUCUACCACUCAGGAGUCGAUGACGACUGGAAGCUCCAAUGCUACCGUAAGUGCGUCGACGACCGAGAGUUCCACUACCGAAGCAUCUACCACUCAGGAGUCGAUGACGACUGGAAGCUCCAAUGCUACCGUAAGUUCGUCAACGACCAAGAGUUCCGGCACCGAAGAAUCGACGACGAGCGGAAGUUCGGCUUCGACCGGAGGUUCGUCGACGACCGAGAGUGCUACUACCGAAGCCUCCAAUGCUACCGUAAGUUCGUCAACGACCAAGAGUUCCGGCACCGAAGAAUCGACGACGAGCGGAAGUUCGGCUUCGACCGGAAGUUCGUCAACGACCGAGAGUUCCAGCACCGAAGCAUCUACCACUCAGGAGUCGAUGACGACUGGAAGCUCCAAUGCUACCAGUUCCGGCACCGAAGAAUCGACGACGAGCGGAAGUUCGGCUUCGACCGGAGGUUCGUCGACGACCGAGAGUGCUACUACCGAAGCGUCUACCACUGAGAAAUCGACGACAACUGGAAGCUCCAAUGCUACCAGUUCCGGCACCGAAGAAUCGACGACGAGCGGAAGUUCGGCUUCGACCGGAAGUUCGUCAACGACCGAGGGUUCCAGCACCGAAGCAUCUACCACUCAGGAGUCAGUGACGACUGGAAGCUCCAAUGCUACCGUAAGUUCGUCAACGACCAAGAGUUCCGGCACCGAAGAAUCGACGACGAGCGGAAGUUCGGCUUCGACCGGAAGUUCGUCAACGACCGAGAGUUCCAGCACCGAAGCAUCUACCACUCAGGAGUCGAUGACGACUGGAAGCUCCAAUGCUACCGUAAGUGCGUCGACGACCGAGAGUUCCACUACCGAAGCAUCUACCACUCAGGAGUCGAUGACGACUGGAAGCUCCAAUGCUACCGUAAGUUCGUCAACGACCAAGAGUUCCGGCACCGAAGAAUCGACGACGAGCGGAAGUUCGGCUUCGACCGGAGGUUCGUCGACGACCGAGAGUGCUACUACCGAAGCGUCUACCACUGAGAAAUCGACGACAACUGGAAGCUCCAAUGCUACCGUAAGUGCGUCAACGACCGAGAGUUCCACUACCGAAGCAUCUACCACUCAGGAGUCGAUGACGACUGGAAGCUCCAAUGCUACCGUAAGUUCGUCAACGACCAAGAGUUCCGGCACCGAAGAAUCGACGACGAGCGGAAGUUCGGCUUCGACCGGAAGUUCGUCAACGACCGAGGGUUCCAGCACCGAAGCAUCUACCACUCAGGAGUCAAGUUCCACUACCGAAGCAUCUACCACUCAGGAGUCGAUGACGACUGGAAGCUCCAAUGCUACCGUAAGUUCGUCAACGACCAAGAGUUCCGGCACCGAAGAAUCGACGACGAGCGGAAGUUCGGCUUCGACCGGAGGUUCGUCGACGACCGAGAGUGCUACUACCGAAGCGUCUACCACUGAGAAAUCGACGACAACUGGAAGCUCCAAUGCUACCGUAAGUGCGUCAACGACCGAGAGUUCCACUACCGAAGCAUCUACCACUCAGGAGUCGAUGACGACUGGAAGCUCCAAUGCUACCGUAAGUUCGUCAACGACCAAGAGUUCCGGCACCGAAGAAUCGACGACGAGCGGAAGUUCGGCUUCGACCGGAGGUUCGUCGACGACCGAGAGUGCUACUACCGAAGCCUCCAAUGCUACCGUAAGUUCGUCAACGACCAAGAGUUCCGGCACCGAAGAAUCGACGACGAGCGGAAGUUCGGCUUCGACCGUAAGUUCGUCAACGACCGAGAGUUCCAGCACCGAAGCAUCUACCACUCAGGAGUCGAUGACGACUGGAAGCUCCAAUGCUACCGUAAGUGCGUCGACGACCGAGAGUUCCACUACCGAAGCAUCUACCACUCAGGAGUCGAUGACGACUGGAAGCUCCAAUGCUACCGUAAGUUCGUCAACGACCAAGAGUUCCGGCACCGAAGAAUCGACGACGAGCGGAAGUUCGGCUUCGACCGGAAGUUCGUCAACGACCGAGAGUUCCAGCACCGAAGCAUCUACCACUCAGGAGUCGAUGACGACUGGAAGCUCCAAUGCUACCGUAAGUUCGUCAACGACCGAGAGUUCCGGCACCGAACAAUCGACGACGAGCGGAAGUUCGGCUUCGACCGGAAGUUCGUCGACGACCGAGAGUUCGUCGACGACCGAGAGUUCCACUACCGAAGCAUCUACCACCGAGGAAUCGACGGCGACUGGAAGCUCUAAUGCUAGCUCAAGUUCGUCGACGACGACCGGAAGCUCCAAUGCUACCUCAAGUUCGUCGACGACGACUGGAAGCUCCAAUGCUACCUCAAGUUCGUCGACGACGACCGGAAGCUCCAAUGCUACCCCAAGUUCGUCGACGACGACUGGAAGCUCCAAUGCUACCUCAAGUUCGUCGACGACGACCGGAAGCUCCAAUGCUACUCCAAGUUCGUCGACGACGACUGGAAGCUCCAAUGCUACCGUAAGUUUGUCGACGACCGAGAGUUCCACUACCGAAGCAUCUACCACCGAGGAAUCGACGACGACUGGAAGCUCCAAUGCUACCGUCAGUUCGUCGACGACCGAGAGUUCCAGCACCGAAGAAUCGACGACGAGCGGAAGUUCGGCUUCGACCGGAAGUUCGUCAACCACCCAGAGUUCCACUACCGAAGCAUCUACUACUGAGGAAUCGACGACGACUGGAAGCUCCAAUGCUACCGUAAGUUCGUCAACGACCAAGAGUUCCGGCACCGAAGAAUCGACGACGAGCGGAAGUUCGGCUUCGACCGGAAGUUCGUCAACGACCGAGGGUUCCAGCACCGAAGCAUCUACCACUCAGGAGUCAAGUUCCACUACCGAAGCAUCUACCACUCAGGAGUCGAUGACGACUGGAAGCUCCAAUGCUACCGUAAGUUCGUCAACGACCAAGAGUUCCGGCACCGAAGAAUCGACGACGAGCGGAAGUUCGGCUUCGACCGGAAGUUCGUCAACGACCGAGGGUUCCAGCACCGAAGCAUCUACCACUCAGGAGUCAGUGACGACUGGAAGCUCCAAUGCUACCGUAAGUUCGUCAACGACCAAGAGUUCCGGCACCGAAGAAUCGACGACGAGCGGAAGUUCGGCUUCGACCGGAAGUUCGUCAACGACCGAGAGUUCCAGCACCGAAGCAUCUACCACUCAGGAGUCGAUGACGACUGGAAGCUCCAAUGCUACCGUAAGUGCGUCGACGACCGAGAGUUCCACUACCGAAGCAUCUACCACUCAGGAGUCGAUGACGACUGGAAGCUCCAAUGCUACCGUAAGUUCGUCAACGACCAAGAGUUCCGGCACCGAAGAAUCGACGACGAGCGGAAGUUCGGCUUCGACCGGAGGUUCGUCGACGACCGAGAGUGCUACUACCGAAGCGUCUACCACUGAGAAAUCGACGACAACUGGAAGCUCCAAUGCUACCGUAAGUGCGUCAACGACCGAGAGUUCCACUACCGAAGCAUCUACCACUCAGGAGUCGAUGACGACUGGAAGCUCCAAUGCUACCGUAAGUUCGUCAACGACCAAGAGUUCCGGCACCGAAGAAUCGACGACGAGCGGAAGUUCGGCUUCGACCGGAAGUUCGUCAACGACCGAGGGUUCCAGCACCGAAGCAUCUACCACUCAGGAGUCAAGUUCCACUACCGAAGCAUCUACCACUCAGGAGUCGAUGACGACUGGAAGCUCCAAUGCUACCGUAAGUUCGUCAACGACCAAGAGUUCCGGCACCGAAGAAUCGACGACGAGCGGAAGUUCGGCUUCGACCGGAGGUUCGUCGACGACCGAGAGUGCUACUACCGAAGCGUCUACCACUGAGAAAUCGACGACAACUGGAAGCUCCAAUGCUACCGUAAGUGCGUCAACGACCGAGAGUUCCACUACCGAAGCAUCUACCACUCAGGAGUCGAUGACGACUGGAAGCUCCAAUGCUACCGUAAGUUCGUCAACGACCAAGAGUUCCGGCACCGAAGAAUCGACGACGAGCGGAAGUUCGGCUUCGACCGGAGGUUCGUCGACGACCGAGAGUGCUACUACCGAAGCGUCUACCACUGAGAAAUCGACGACAACUGGAAGCUCCAAUGCUACCAGUUCCGGCACCGAAGAAUCGACGACGAGCGGAAGUUCGGCUUCGACCGUAAGUUCGUCAACGACCGAGAGUUCCAGCACCGAAGCAUCUACCACUCAGGAGUCGAUGACGACUGGAAGCUCCAAUGCUACCAGUUCCGGCACCGAAGAAUCGACGACGAGCGGAAGUUCGGCUUCGACCGGAAGUUCGUCAACGACCGAGAGUUCCAGCACCGAAGCAUCUACCACUCAGGAGUCGAUGACGACUGGAAGCUCCAAUGCUACCGUAAGUUCGUCAACGACCGAGAGUUCCGGCACCGAACAAUCGACGACGAGCGGAAGUUCGGCUUCGACCGGAAGUUCGUCGACGACCGAGAGUUCGUCGACGACCGAGAGUUCCACUACCGAAGCAUCUACCACCGAGGACGAGAGUUCCACUACCGAAGCAUCUACCACCGAGGAAUCGACGACGACUGGAAGCUCCAAUGCUACCGUCAGUUCGUCGACGACCGAGAGUUCCAGCACCGAAGAAUCGACGACGAGCGGAAGUUCGGCUUCGACCGGAAGUUCGUCAACCACCCAGAGUUCCACUACCGAAGCAUCUACUACUGAGGAAUCGACGACGACUGGAAGCUCCAAUGCUACUGUAAGUUCGUCGACGACCGAGAGUUCCAGCACCGAAGAAUCGACGACGAGCGGAAGUUCGGCUUCGACCGGAAGUUCGUCAACCACACAGAGUUCCACUACCGAAGCAUCUACUACUGAGGAAUCGACGACGACUGGAAGCUCCAAUGCUACCGUAAGUUCGUCGACGACCGAGAGUUCCAGCACCGAAGAAUCGACGACGAGCGGAAGUUCGGCUUUGACAGGAAGUUCGUCGACGACCGAGAGUUCGAGCACUACAAGCACGAUGAUGACCGAAAGCCAAACCACAAUCGAGGAGACGACCCUCUCGGGUUUAACAACUACGGCCACUGAUAGUUCCUCUACUGAUUGUUCAGAUGUGACACUAAUGCCAAUUACGACAUCUACCUCAGCGCCGAUAACAGUUGAAUGUUCUUCCGUGGGAUUUAUGAGAGUUGAAAACAGCUGCACGGAUUACAUAAACUGCACUAGUGGAAUGUUAAAUACUAAUACUUCAGUUUCGCCACUUAAAUGCCCCACGUGUCUUCGGUUCAACGGACAGCUUGGCGUUUGUGAUUAUGCAUCGAAUGUACCAGAAUGUUCGAAUGGUGCAAGUUCUUCCAAAAAUUGCACGGGACUAGGAACAUUCAAGGAUACUCAAGAUCUUCAGAAAUAUUACACAUGUGAAUAUGAUAAUGGUGAAAUUGUCAUGACCUCACAUACGUGUUCAGGAGAAUUACUCUUCAACCCUGAUACCCUAUUAUGCGAUGAUGCAGCCAAUGUUACAAGUACAGAGGAAGCUGACGAGUGUAACACAACAGGUUUCUUUGCUAAUUCAGAACACUGUGGAAUGUUUUACAUGUGCACCAUAGAAUCCAAUAAAUUGGUGAAAAUAAACGGCACCUGCCCAACUGGACUUAUCUUCGAUGAAGAUGGAGGAUUUUGUACAGAUGCCCUCGUAAUAUCAGGAUUUUCAGCUGUCGCCGGUAUGGACCCAACAAGAUAAUUUCAACUGAUCAUCGUACGAUUACUUUUCAAACACCAGCAACAGUCAAUUUUUCAUUUGGUAAUGACCGGAUUUUCGUUAUUACUGCAUUGGCGUACUUCAAUAGUAAAGAAAUUGAUGCAAUGAUUCAUUAUUUGAUAUUUUAAAUUAUCAAGAAUCACACGAAAAUUUUUGACCCAAGUAGCAAUGUUUUAUUGGAAUUUACACAAGAAUAAAUGAAAAUGACUACUAUAUCCGUA